AGGCAAAGGGUGGGGGUGGGACUUGGGGGUGGAAGGCAGGUGGUCCCCGGGCACUGCCUGGGAUUUGGGAGAAGAACCCGCCACCUUUGCCUCAGCAAUGCUUGCAAGAACAUAAGUCGCUCUCCCCACGAUCUUGAACGGGGGCAGAUUCCUAGGGAAGAAGACUCUUGGGGAACGUAGGACUCACUGCAGGGCUAGGGGUGUUGGGAUCCAGGGCAUUAAUCAGGUCUGACCACAGAGCCGGAGUACUUACUACAUCGUGUUAUAUCCCGCUUUCCCUCUGCCAUCAUGAUUCUCCUUGGCAGCAGCAUUGGCAGCCGCCUGAGGGUGAAAAUGUGGGUGUUGGGGAAGUUGGUAAUGACUCCGCUGUUUUUUCUCAUGGCUCCUUUGGGCAGCAGCUGUCCGCCCCCGGUAUACACUGUAGUUGAUUGCAGGGAAACCCUGUACCUCUCCCCUUCCUUCUCUGCCGACUUUGCACCUUUCUCUUUGCUUACCACCAAGAGUAAUCAAUAACAAGCACUGACAAUACAUAGCAAUAGUGAAAUCUGAAAUAACUAAGAACUAAUUAGGUACUACAGCCAUGGAUCUGGCUGGGUAAAAUCCAAUUGGAUAUUUCAGUUUCAUUCACCUACCCUGUUUUCGGUGUUUUGGGGGGUGGUUUGGUGGGGUUAUUUUUUUCUUUCUUUCUGAUUUUGGUAUUUGGAAAGCAAGAAUCACACUUCCCUCUCCCCAUUCCUUUUCAUAAUCCCUUCCCUAAAGGGAAAAAUUCGAAUGGAUUUUAAGGACCGGACUGGUGUCAGUUUUGUUUUAUUGCACCCCUAAAAUCCUGAUAAUAGGCUUUUCAUUCCCCACUAAAGCCUUUAUUUUGGCGGUUAAGCCAAAUGCGUUUUCCAAAAAGUUAAAAGUACUUUCUGCGCUUCCUUUCCUUCCUCCCCUUCCUUCUUCCCAUCUGACCACAAGCGUUAUUGUCCAAACAUGACUGGGCAGCAACUUUUGUUUCUUGACCCUGUAACAUGACAGUCUGCUAAUAUUGCCAGAGGUGCAGUUUUUGGGUUACAGUUGUCAUUUUAGCUAUUCAAUCAUAUUAGCAGGAAAAAAAAUGACUUGUUUCUGUUGUACUUGAGUCUUAAGAAAAAGUGCCCAUAGUUUAGUGACAAUUUCCAAAGGCUUUAGUACCACCUGUUAUUUCAAAAUGGGGGACCCAAACUCCCGGAAGAAACAAGCUCUGAACAGACUACGUGCUCAGCUUAGAAAGAAAAAAGAAUCUCUAGCUGACCAGUUUGACUUCAAGAUGUAUAUUGCCUUUGUAUUCAAGGAGAAGAAGAAAAAAUCAGCACUUUUUGAAGUGUCUGAGGUUAUACCAGUCAUGACAAAUAAUUAUGAAGAAAAUAUCCUGAAGGGUGUGCGAGAUUCCAGCUAUUCCUUGGAAAGUUCCAUAGAGCUUUUACAGAAGGAUGUGGUACAGCUCCAUGCUCCUCGAUACCAGUCCAUGAGAAGGGAUGUAAUUGGCUGUACUCAGGAGAUGGAUUUCAUUCUUUGGCCUCGGAAUGAUAUCGAAAAAAUUGUCUGUCUCCUGUUUUCUAGGUGGAAGGACUCUGAUGAGCCUUUUAGGCCUGUUCAGGCCAAAUUUGAGUUUCAUCAUGGUGACUAUGAAAAACAGUUUCUGCAUGUACUGAGCCGCAAGGACAAGACUGGAAUUGUUGUCAACAACCCUAACCAGUCAGUGUUUCUCUUUAUUGACAGACAGCACUUGCAGACUCCAAAAAACAAAGCUACAAUCUUCAAGUUAUGCAGCAUUUGCCUCUACCUGCCACAGGAACAGCUUACCCACUGGGCAGUUGGCACCAUAGAGGAUCACCUCCAUCCGUAUAUGCCAGAAUAGAGUACCAGCAAAAUGGAGAAGAUCAGAGAAUGCAGCAGUUUUUUUUCUUAUUUUCUUACCACUUUAUUCUUUCAGAGUUUAAAGAAAAUGGACUCAUGCACAGAACACUAUGCAUAUUGAAACUUGCUCAUCCUGGAUUUUUUUUUAAUUCAUUUGUAUCUCAGAACUUUAAAAAAAUUAGAUGUCUUCUGCACAGACUGUGUGAAAGAAGAUGCUUUGCAUAUUUGCUGCACUGCAUCAGCAUCUUACUAAAAAUGUGAAAUGAAUGGACUAUUGUACACUGAAAUGCUUAAAUGUAUCUGAAAGCACAAAGUGAUACUUAUUUUUGAUGGUCUUUCCAUUUAUGCUGGUUUUGCCUCUUUGACCUUUGUCAUCAGUAUUUAAAGGAUGAGAGGUGAAUGUAACAGAUAUAAAUAACAUUCUUAAAAGCUUUAUAGCUUUGGUAUAACCACCAUUCCAGAGCACUGUCAGAUGCAUUUUAAUGAUUAGAAGUGGUUGGUUAAAAAAAUAUACAUAUACAACCAUGGGAAAGAAAUCUUUAAUGAAAAAAGCAUCUCAUUGUAGGCAUUCUUGCCUCAUGUUUUACUGGGCCAUGUUUGUUUCCUGGUACUCAUGUGUAUUUUGUUUCCAGAUCUCUUUCCCCAAGUUGCUUUUAUAAGAGUAUUCUGCUCUGUGUGGAUAUAGGGUACAGUUACACACAUUAAAGCAGAUCUGGAGUCUGAAGUAGCUAAAGCAGCUAUAAAACUGAGAAAUACACUCAUAGCUGCAAAAACCAUGAUAGGUUGAGAACUUUCUGGUUUUUGGUUUUUUUCUUUUUUGGUUUUAAAGAGGAGACUUUUAUUACAAAGAAAAAAAUUCCAGUGAAUGGUGCAGAAAUACUGGUUUUCUAUACCAUCUUAAACACUUAACGUUUUUUUUUUGGAGUAGAAAAAGUUACUAAAGAUGGCAUCUUAAAUUGUGAAAAACAGAGCAUCAGAGCUCUUAACAGCAGAACUCAUUUUGUGCAAUGAACAUAAGGAAAGACUACUGUAUAGUUUUUUUUGUUUUUUAAAUGAAGAAAAGCUUUGCUUAAGGGUUGCAUACUUUUAUUGGAGUUAAUCUAAUGAUCCUACUCCUUUGGAGUAAAACUUAGUGCUUACUGGUUUCCAAUUGUAUUUAGCUUCUGGUUGGAAUUUAAAAAAAUGAAAACCUAAAUAAAAUAGGUGAAAGUUCCCUGACUGUUCAGGUGAAUACAGAAAGCUUGAAGUGGUAGCUUUUUUUCCACGUCACUGGGUAUGUUACUGAUGACCUUGGGGGUUAUUUUACAGUUCAUGGCUAAAUAGUAAAUUGAGGGAAAAAAAAUUCAGCAAUUAGAUUUGUAAGUAAUAGGAAUCAAGGACAUUUUGUCAGCUUUUAACAGUCAUUAGCCUGGUCUUACACCUUGCUUCGUGGAAAAAAUAUAUUCUUAAUUUCAAAAUGCUUUCACAUGUUUUCUGAUAAAUUGAAAAUUAAAAUCUAUUUGAAAUAGG